CCCAUUUGCCCUUUGAUAAACGAACAUACAACAACAACGACUCAAAUAUAUUCAUAAUGUGAAGAUCGAUUCGGUGAUCAAACAAAGAUUUCAAACUCCAAACAUCCCUUCGUUUUCAAGCAUAGGUUUACAAUUCUGAUUCUGAAUCCAAACUACUCCAAUUUUUAGUCCAUUCGAAAUUUUGAUUGCGAGUCGGUUCGUUCCAAGUAAACCAAUUUCAAUACCAAUUACGAAUCGAUGUCAAUCCCCAAAUCCAAGCAAUCCAAACUCCGAACAACUCAACAACGAAUAAUCGGUUUCGAGCAUAUGUUCGCUUUUAACUUUUGUGGGAGUUACGAAUCUGAGCCCAAAUUAUCAACUCUAAUUCAGAGACUGUUCACAGGCAUUUCAGCUUUUCAUUCUAAAAAUGAUUUCCCUCCCCCUUUUCUUCCCUCCACACGCCGGCCCGCCGCGAAACCUCUAAAAUUCGGCUACCCAGCAGCGUGCCGAAGAUAUUUAAGUAGUACUUCGAAAUUUCAGUUUACAGCUCCACUAUCCUUCGAUGUUCAAGAUUGCUUUGAUAAUACUAAAUGUAAAAGAUCAUCCUCAUUCGGACCUGGUGGGAUUUUAACAAUGGAUCUAAUAUUUCAUCACUCUGGGUCUACACCAUCUGAUGAAUCCGCCUUGGAUUUAGAACGAGUUUACUGUGAGCACCACCACAUGAAUCUCGCUUCACCAAGUCCACCUUUACAAUCUUUCGCCACUACAUCAGCUGGUCAACUCUCUGAAACCAAUGCUGCAUACUUCUCAUGGCCUACUUCCAGCCGAUUAAACGACGCCGCUGAAGACAGAGCUAAUUACUUUGGAAAUCUUUUAAAGGGAGUUUUGCCUGAAACUCUUGGUCGAUUGCCAACUGGACAACGAGCUGCUACAUUGCUUGAACUUAUGACAAUCAGGGCUUUUCAUAGCAAAAUCUUGCGCAGAUGUAGCCUUGGAACUGCAAUUGGGUUCCGUAUUAGGCGUGGAUUACUCACAGAUAUUCCUGCUAUUCUUGUGUUUGUAGCUCGCAAGGUUCACAGACAGUGGCUCAGCCACAUCCAGUGUCUACCCUCUGCUCUUGAGGGACCUGGAGGUGUGUGGUGUGAUGUUGAUGUUGUUGAAUUCUCUUAUUAUGGAGCACCAGCAGCAACUCCAAAAGAACAGUUGUAUUCAGAGCUUGUGGAUGGUUUGCGUGGAAGUGAUCCCUGUAUAGGCUCGGGUUCCCAGGUUGCAAGCCAAGAGAUGUAUGGAACCUUGGGUGCCAUUGUUAAGAGUAGAACCGGAAAUCGACAGGUGGGUUUCCUGACAAAUCGACAUGUGGCAGUUGACUUGGAUUAUCCAAAUCAAAAAAUGUUCCAUCCUUUGCCACCUAGUCUUGGACCUGGUGUUUACCUUGGGGCUGUUGAGAGGGCUACUUCAUUCAUCACUGAUGACCUUUGGUAUGGAAUAUUUGCUGGGACAAACCCAGAAACCUUUGUACGAGCUGACGGGGCUUUCAUCGCGUUUGCCGAAGACUUAAACAUAUCAAACGUGACAACAUCAGUGAAAGGAAUCGGUGAAAUCGGUGGUGUUAAAGUCAUAGACUUGCAGUCUCCAAUCAACAGUAUAAUUGGAAAACAAGUGGCUAAAGUUGGGAGAAGUUCAGGGUUAACAACAGGGACAAUAAUGGCGUAUGCAUUGGAAUACAACGAUGAAAAAGGAAUUUGUUUUUUUACAGAUUUCUUGGUUGUGGGUGAGAACCAACAAACGUUUGAUCUUGAAGGUGAUAGCGGAAGUCUCAUUCUUUUAACAGGACAAGACGGGGAAAAACCGCGGCCUAUUGGAAUUAUUUGGGGUGGGACCGCCAAUCGUGGUCGUUUAAAAUUAAAAGUAGGCCAGCCACCCGAGAAUUGGACAAGUGGCGUUGAUCUUGGCCGCCUUCUUGAUCUUUUGGAACUUGAUCUUAUCACAUCCAAUCAAAGUCUUCAAGCUGCAUUACAAGAUGAAAGAAAUGCAUCGGCAGUAGGGAUUGAUUCGACUGUAGGAGAAUCAUCUGCUCCUGAACAUGAACAGACAUCACCAAAAGAGAAGUAUGAGCCGCUUGGGAUAGAUAUAAUAAAUCUCCAGGAACCUCCAAAAGGAGAUGAAGGUGGCACAGUGGAACAUCAGUUUAUAUCAAGUUUUUCAGAAACAUCUCCAUCUCCUCGCAAAUAUCACACUUUUUCUCCACAUGAAGAAAUUUCUGUCAGCCUACACUUGGGUGAACCCGAACCCAAGAGACAAAAGCAAUCUGACAAAUGAACAACUUUUCAUUUUCAGCUUUGUAUUGCAAUUAUUAUUGGUUUCCGAUUCAUAUUUUCAUAAUUUGGAUGCUAAAAAUGUUAUUAUAGAAAUGCUUGGUGUCAUCGUUUUUGUGUACUUCUGUUGUAUGUAACCACUCUUGAAAGAGUACCAACUAUUAGGCCGCUUUUGUUCAAAAAACAAUAUCUACUCGGAGUCAUGACAAUGAAAAAUUGUUAUUUUUUGUUAUUCCUGUGGAUUCAUCCCUAGAAAAAGACGUGAACGAUCUUUUCAUCCUUAUUAUUGAAAGUAUUCUAAACAAACCUUUGUUGGUGAUUUUAUUGUAAACAAAAUGUUUUGGGUAAAUGAAUUUUACAGACACAAGAGCCUCUUGAAGCGAC